GACGAAAACUGUAACGAGGGAGAGAUUAGAGAUGGGAGGGUCCUGCGUACGGAGGUGGGCGGUCCGUACAGCCACUCUACACGGAACCAUGUGGUCAGACGGGGUUAUGGCGCGUCCUCGACUGAACCGGAUUGUCCAAAGACACAAAUAGAGGCUGCGCGCAUUACGCGCGGAACAGACACGAAACGAGACGCAGAGCGCAGCCGGUAACGGUGUGUUUGAUCUGAAUCGGGAUAAACGCAACUCAUCCGUGUCUUCUCGUGAACAGAACCGUCUUGGACCGGCUUCUCCGCGGAUGCGCAUUCUCGACCACUGGCGACUUCUGGACAGAAUUACGCGCUUUAUAAUGGUGGAGCCACCGCUGCAUCAGUAACAUCUCACAAAUACAGAAACGGAAACACAUUGACCAACUACAAUAUUUCUUACAAAAUAAUCCCAACGAUGUUUGAAGAAUCAUCCCAGGAGCAAACUGGAGUUUUGAGGGUUGUCGAAUCGGCCUCACCUGCAGCAAUGCUGGGGUUAAACGUGGCCGCUCCCGGCCCGAUGUCCUUCACGGAUGAGGCCGUGUCCAUCCUCACCUCGAGUAGUUUGCUUGCACGCACGCUGCUGGGCCGAACGUCGGCUCUAAAGCGCAAAGACGCCGCCCCGCUAAGCCCCGCCGUGAGACGCAGGCGAGAGUUCAUUCCAAGCGAAAACAAGGACGAGGGCUACUGGGACAAGCGCAAGAAAAACAACGAGGCCGCCAAGCGCUCCCGCGAGAAACGCCGGGUCAACGAUAUGGUCCUGGAGAACCGCGUGCUGGCGUUGCUGGAGGAGAACGCCAGGCUCAGAGCGGAACUGCUGGCUCUUAAGUUUCGCUUCGGGAUGGUUAAAGAUCCCUCGAACGCUUCUAUACUUCCGCUGAUGACAGAAACGUGCAUUCCACAGCCGUCAGGCCCACAUUACUACCUUCCCUGCGGGGAUGGAGCCCAGCACGUGUCGCACCAGUCGAGUGGACCUCAGUCUGGACGAGGUCUCAGAGACACGGGCAGCAUGUCUGAAGAUUCGGGGUUCUCUACUCCGAGCGGCUCCAGCGUCGGUAGUCCAGUCUACUUUGAGGACAGGCUGGGUGACCACGGCAAGCUUUCCCCACACCGUGCAGAUGAGCUCGGGUACGAGUCCAAUCACUCCCCAAAUACCGAUGGCCAUGGAGCCGUGGGACACGUGCCGUUGUACAGUCGCGUGGAGCCGGUGGAAAGCAUGAAGAGUCUCCCGCACAAGCUGCGAUUUAAGUCGGCGGGCGGCGGUGAAGCUGACAAUCCUGGUGGGCGACAAAGUCCCGUUCUGCCAGUAGUGGGCGCUAGAGUACCCGUCCCGUCGGGUGCCAAUGAAGUGGCGGGUUACUGGGCGCAGCAGGAUGGAGAGGACACCAGAAGAGUGAUGCACUGCAGUACGGCCCGAACCUACAACCAAGGCAUGAACCCGAACGAGUCGCAGUACCAGACCGAGAACAGCGUGCUGAAAUCUCAGCUCAGCUCGCUCAGCGAGGAGGUGGCCCAGCUCAAAAAGCUCUUUUCCGAGCAACUUCUCACCAAAACGAAUUAGAGAUGGCAACUGGUAUACAACAGAACUUCCAAACGUCCGUUACAUCAUCAGACUUUUCGUGGUUAAAAAAGCAACAUGUGCAUCACUACCUCUUCACAUUGACUGUAACCAAAUCGGUCCAUAUAUCAUCAUAAAUCAUCUCUUUUAAACCCACAGUUCUAUUAAAACUCACAUUCAGGAACAUAGGAGUCAUUUUAAAGAGCAUUCCAGCAGCGUCAGGACACGCGUCACAACGUCUCAUCGUGAUUUCCUCCAAACACUGUGAUCUUUCCCCAGAAAUGCCUAAAAAAAUGUUCAAAUAAACGGUGUCGGUCAGUGUAGAGUGUAAAAUCCUCCAUUCUUCUAACAUGUGCCGAUGCUACUGUUAGGUUUUUUCAAGACUUAUCAGUGAGCACGAUGUGAUAUUUGGUGAGCCGAUCAGUCUGUACACUGUAAUGUUCCUUCUGUGGUUAGCGAGUGCUGUGAGCUCAUGAAUGAAGGAAGUGUUUGUAACAUAUGCCACAGAUUAACACAGAACGGGACACCAGGGAGAGCCAAAUAUCUGUGAACAUCAUGUGGUUCAGUCGAAGUGAUGACGGUUCUUAUUGCCAUAUUUGAUCUUGUUAAUUGUCACCAUGAUGAACCGGUAGCAGCUCAGCACUGAAUUUUACUGCAUUCUUAAUUUCUCAUACGGAUCACUGCCAUCGUCCAGACGAGGAUAUCUUAUAGAAGUACACUGUUACUUGCAUAUGGUGACGUUUCUGUUGUCUUGUGACUUUUCAUGUAUUUGUACAGUACGUUGUAAGCUUGUGUGAAUAAAUCUUUGAACAGCG